UCUCCGUCCUCCAUGACAAGUUUUAUGUUUUAUGUUCCAGCGACUGCUGAAUAAUACUGUAUUUUUGUUAAACGGACGGUCGAAGUGGUGCAAAAUUGAAAUUUUUCGAGGGACGUUGUACCUGAUUAAAUUUCAGAAACAAGCGGGGUAAUCAGUGCCAGUUAGUUUUUCAUGCACUGAUUGGGUCAAAAAUGGGGGACGCGGGUGAAUCAAUGGUGAAUUGGUCAGCGGGAAGCAGUCUUCGAGGAGUUGAGCUAGAUCGCGCAUUUCAGAACUCCCUGCGCCAAUCAAAAAUCUCAAAUUCAAAGGACGUUCGCAUUUGUAAAUGUUUGGGUGAGACGGGAUCCGCCGUUUGCACCUAUGGGAUCGUGGGAAUCCUGAUCGCCGGAAUUUUAGCUCUACCAAUAGCCAUGAUUUGGGUUGGGUGGAAAUAUAACGACCGCUCGGUACACUGUCCGGCCGAAGAUUUGCCGAAUAGUUUGAUCGCGGGUGGAAUUUUAUUUCUCAUCCAAGGAUUUGCGACGUCUUGUUGUGCAGGGAAGGAUGGUGCCAAAUGUCUCACUGGAUUAGUCGGAACGGCACAAUUUUGCUGGCUGGUUGCCGCUCUGGUUUUGCUUUAUCGGACCGAUAUUAUUACCUACAAGUCUGACGACCCGAAUUAUUGCAUUCCCGCCGUGUAUAGUUUUGUCUGGUGGGUUGUCACCGUAACCAUGGGGUUCACUGGGGUCUGUGUUAUCGUAGGUUUGGCUGCGUUGUGCAUGUCAAAAUGCUAGAUAUGGGAUUUUGCAAAAGCUCUAAUUUUUAUGAAUUAUUGGAUUAAAUUAGCACUACCAAACAUUUUGUUGUAAUAUUUCAAAGUUGUUAAAAUUUGGUAAAAAUAAAUGAAAUUGUGCAACGGUUUUGAAA